GUUGCCUCCGUUUAACAAUAUGAACCAUCUUUCUCCACAAUACAACUUGAGCUCAAAGGCAUGGUGCGCAAGGGCUGCACUCACACUGGAAUCAGGUCGCGGCUGAACUGGAACUGGCAAAAUUAGGAAGCUGCUUGCCCACGUUCACGGUUUAAAAAACAGUUGCUCAAAGAGCCUGCAGUCACGGGACUUGCCUCUGGCAGGAAUAGUGAGGUGCUGCCAGAAAAAUAAUUCGCUUCUACUGAUUGAGCAUCGCUACACAGGCGUACUGGCGAGAUUUCCGCAGUCCUUGGGAGCCCGCAGUUACACUGGGUUGAUGGCAAGAGGCGCGGAGACUGAGUCAGAAGCGGCAAGAAGGCAGGAAGAUCAUGGGGCAGGGCGCGCCCGGUACGAGAUCCUGAUCCUCGGUGCCGUUUUGACCGCGCUCGAAUAAUGUCAGGGAACUCAAAGCAACCGGAGGGCGCAGCCUGUAAGGCAAAGGUAAAAGAACAGAUCAAGACUAUUGUAGACGAUUUGGAGUUAGUCCUGGGCGAUUUAAAGGACGUGGCGAAAGAACUGAAAGAGGUAGUUGACCAAAUAGACCAUCUUACCUGUGACCUCCAGCUGGAGGAGGAAAUGACUGACAGCUCCAAGACUGACACUAUAAAUAGCACCUCAAGUAGUACAACUGCCUCAAGCCUGGAUAAGAUCAAAGUGCACUCAGUUAGAUCAAUUUGUAAGACAACAGUGACUUCAUCAGCUAUCUUAACGGUGCUAAAGAAGGCCAAUCCCCCACCUCCGCCUCCACGAUUAACACCCAUCCGAUGUGAGGACCCUUGCAGACCCCCUUACUGCGUUAACCCUCUGAGGACCAAUGGGGCCUUGCUUCGCAAUGGAGCAAUACUGUGUAAGACAGAUAAAAUGCCAAAUGGAGAUGUAUGUUGUCUCCCUGGUAGCAAUCCAGAAAAGUUGCAUAAACAGCCACCAGUGCCCAGAGUCGAUAAAAACAAAUAUCAACAGGUCACACGGGAAAGAGUUCGAUUUAAUGAGGAAGUUCAGUACCACGGCUACUGUCCAGAUUGUGAUGUUCGAUAUGACAUGAGAAACAGGGAUGUGCACUUGCAUGGUGAAUUGAGCAAUGCAAAAGGAAAACCACCUCACCAGUGCCCUCCCCUUGAAAAUGGAGGAUCAUGCGGUAACUUUAGUACUAAUUUCUCAAACAUAAAAGCUAAAAUCACACCUCCACAGACAGCUCCAAAGCCUCAAAAGACUAUUCUGAGGAAGUCAACAACCACAACAGUUUGAUGCAAGGAUCUUGGAAACUUUUUUGUAUCCUAAUGAAUUGAGCACUUUCUAACCAAGCAAUAAAGAGCCAAAACACUUAUACCCAGUGUUCUCCAGAGAAGUGUCAGAGAACAAAUCAUGCUCCUUAGGACUGGAAGGAAAUAUAAACAUUUUGAAGAUACGUCAGCUAUUUCUAGCUUGGUCAACGCUGCACUGUGACUUCAGCAAAUGAAAAUCCUGACCUACAACAAGCAGAGUACAGCAGCUGACCCUGUGGAAUCACAGCAUCAUUAAUGCCAGUGUGAUCCGGAUCAAAUCAUCUCUAGCCACUCUCUGUACAGCCAGAAGCUUACCCUGAGCAACUGCCUCAAUCCACUGUUCAAUUUGCUUCAAAUCAUAACAGAAGCCUGAAGUAAAGCUCUCUGAUUGUUUUUCUACCCCUUUUUCUUCACUUCGGUAUUUAUAUGAAGCUAAUAUCUUGAGAAGAUCAUUGUUAAUAUAAUCAGUUGCAGAAACACUAAUCUCACAGAUUCUCAUAAAAAUAAUCCAGUCUUCUCAUUCCCUACUUAAAUUAAAUGAAAUAAAAUUGCUAGUGCUAUUGACAAGUUAAAUAAAAUCCUACGAAGGCCAGUUGAUAUAUUUUUUUAUCCUACAUGGAACAGAGGAUAUGUUUACAUGAGAGUGACACAUUCUAUGUGUUGUAAAUUGGAGAAGUGACAGAUGCAGUUCACUGUUCACACUAAAGGAGAAUAUCCCCCGUCUUCUCCAUGCGUUUUGAAGCCAAGGCGAGCAGAAGAAUAAUUACUGAUGGCGAUUGCAACAUAACUCCGCCUCAUCACCAUAUUUCACCCUCUGCCUCGAACAUACCAGGUGAACAUUCCAAGACACAAAGCUAUUGCCAUCACUCAGAUACUGCAUCUCAAUGCUCUUCUAGUAUUUGCACUGUCACUUUCAUUCCAGGCAAUGAUGUGUGUGGUUACUUGCACAGAUGGCCUCUUGAGAUCUGCAGUCAGACAUGCAGAAUCUUGCAGGGGUUUACCGACUUAAAGAAUAUGAUUUGCACUUGAUUUCAAUCCCAGUGGUGACAUACACAUAUAUAAAAAUUGUCCGUCAUUCCUUCUCCUCCCUUAUGAAAUGAAAAGAAACCUCAAAGCUGCACAAUGGACAUCGGAACAGAUUGUAUCAUCUACCCUUGUAUCCCAAAACGGAUCUUAUGUGGUACAUGAAACAGUUGAUGAUAUGGGAGAAAAAUCCAUUGAAGUUUUUAAAAAAAUUGUUUAAGGUUUUCACAGUAAUAUGGAAUGCAUUUGUUAUUUUAAGUGGAAUCUCGUGGCUUUAUGAAACCAGUGGAACCAGGAAUCAGAAAGGAUGCACAGCUAUCAAUGAGCAAAGCACUUUAGUUACAUUUUUAAGUUUUCUAUUUUUAUAGCCAACAUUAUCUACCCUUAUUUGGCAAUCAUAUGAAGACUUCAUUGUUAUUCAUCAUGCUAAUCUUUGUGUGUUAUUAUUUGCAAGCAGACAAUUGUUUUACUUUUAAACAAAUAAAACCUAAGAAAGUAAUGUAUAGAUUUUAAAUAGAUGGCUGCAAGAUAUAUUUCUUCUAUUCAUAAAACUUGCAAACAAUGUAUUUUGUAAUUAUUAGAGUUUUGAAAUUUAAAAAUGUUAUUUUGUUAUUAAAGGCCUGCUUUAUGAUAUUAGUUAAAUGCCAAGUAACAGAAAUAACAAUUUUCAUACACUUUCUUAAACCAGGACUGCUUGUCAUAAAAAAGAAUAAGAAAAAAACCUUAAAAAUAUAAUAUAUAUGUACACUUAAAAUGAGUAAUCAGAAUUACAGUUACCAGAUAUUAUUCAUCUUUUGGUUGCUGCAUAUACAUUUCUCCAUGUUAAUCAAGCCGGUAACCCAAAAUUACUUGGUUUACAAUAAACUAGUUCUAAGGGAAUGUUUGUGAGUUUAAUCCUUUCAGACA